AUGGGAAAAGUGGAAGACCGUGCCACCCUCGUGCCCAGUGAGCGCCUGCCCUUGCUGGCCCAGGCGGCCCCCAGCGCCACCCACCUGAGCCAGCAGGAAGUGGCCGAGCAGGGCAGUGCCGCCCCCUGGCCCGGACUCCGCAAAGCCUUGAUCAGCCUGCUGGGCGGCCUCUUUGCCUGCCUGCUGCUCCUGGCCGUGGCCCUGCUCCUCUCCCUGCCCCGGCCUAGCCCACCCCUGGGCUGGUGGCAAAAGGCCGCCUUCUACCACCUGCCCCCCUCCUCCUUCCCGGACUCCGAUGGCGAUGGGUGGGGAGACCUGGCAGGCGUCAGGCAGCAGCUGGACCGGCUGGUGGCCCUGCCCAUCCAGGCCUUGGUGCUGGGCCCCGUCCUCGAAGGCAGAGGGGCCAACCUGAGCCAGAUCGUUCCUGCCCACGGAUCGCUGGCACAGCUGCAAGCUCUGGCGAGAGAUGGGCGCAAGAGAGGAAUCCGAAUCCUGCUGGAACUUCCACCUUGGGAAGAAGAGGGGGACCCAACAGCUGAGAGCAAUCAAACAACGCAGCUCUUCAAGGAGGCCCUACAGUUUUGGCAGUCCAAAGGCGUGCAUGGUUUUUUGGUGGCCAAGGACCCUGCCUGGCGCCUCCUCACGUUUAUCAGUAAAGGAGAAAAACAUGGAAAUAGCUGCACAGAUCUGACCUCUUUGGUGUGGGGCUUGGAAGAGAAGGGGGCCCUCAUCGUGUGGGACCGGAGUGAGACCUGCAGCACUUCUCACGGGAUGCCCAGCAGGGUCAUCCUCACCUGCCACUUGCCGGGAACCCAGAAAAAUCUCUCGGCUCAGGCGCUGCUGCAACUGGCACAGGGAUCCCUGCAGCUCCCGGGCACACCGUGGCCCAGCUGGGCAGUGCCCAGGGGACUCUCGCCCGUCGGUGGCUGGGAGAAAAUCCUUGGGGUGCUGCUCUUCACCCUCCCAGGAGUGCCACUGGUGCAAGGGGGACCAAGAUCACCCCUCCCGCUGGAGUCCGAGCUGAUGGAAGGAGAGCCCCGCAGAGCCCCGCUGGCAGUCCUGUACCAGUCCCUCCUGGAAUUGCACGCAAAGUCCUUCUCCUUACACGACACCAACUUCACCCUGCUGCCCCUGCCCAGCCACGCCGAGGACCUGGUGGCUUUCCUCCGGCCGGGCGCCUGCUCCAGCCUCCUGGUGAUCCUCAACCUGGGAGGGCAGCCCACCCAACUCCGCCUGACGGAGCUCAGCUUCCCAGGGCGGGCCAAGGUGGUGCUCAGCACCCAUGCCACACCCCAGAAAGACGCCAACGUGGAGGUGGUCAGCCUGGCGCCCCAGCAGGCCCUCCUGCUCCAGGUGCCUCGAGGAUACCAGCCGUGA